AUGGUCGGAGAGGAGUGGGCGCUGGCGAGGAAUAGCAGGCGGAGGAGGAAGAGGAGGAGGAGGGCCGCGGACGAGGUGCAGAUGCGCGUCAGUAGCGCGGCUUGUUUACGCGGGCGCGGGCGCGGGCGGGAGCGGCAAGUGCAGCAGGCCCCUCCGCCGCCACCUGUUCGCGGCCGUGGUGGGGGCCGCGCCUCUCCCCCGUGGCAACAGAGCGCGCGUGGCCGCAGCCGCAGCAGCAGUCGCAGCACGAGCGCCCGCACACCCCGCAAGCUGGCCGGCCUGCAGCACAGCGCCGCCAUGGCGCCCUGGGCCGGCGCCGCCCCCGCCGCCUGGGGGUGGCCGGCGCCGCCCCCGCAGCCUCCCGCGCCGCCACCGCCGCCGCCCGUGUCGGCGGCCGACCAGCCGCUCGACUUCUCGCUCGCCAAGUUCCAUCACAACAACAACAACGACUCACCUCCCGCCGCCCACGCCGCCCUCCUGGGCCGCCGGCCGCACGCCGUCACGCCCCCUCGCGCGCUACCCGACGCCGCCUCCGACGCUGCCGAAGACGACGCCACCGGCCGCGACUCGUCGGACAACUCCUCCGACAACUCGGACGUCGCCCCCGCGUCUCCGCCUCCAGGCCAAAGCUCUACCAAACUAAGCCCGCCUCACACUUCGGAAUGCAGAAGAGAACCACUGGUGGAGGAAAAGCUGCGAGGGUUAUACGGAGUGGUCCCACGGUCGCUGUGGCCUCCGGAAGCGGCGCUGUCGUGGUCCCCGGAAGAGGCCCGCUGCACCGCCGCCACGCUGCACGCGCGCCUCAGGGGCAUCCAUGCUGGGGUGGAGCGGGGAGGCGACGCGGCCGGAGACCACGACGCGCUCUCGCCCACACGCGCAGAGAGCCCCAGGGGCCUAGCGUUGCCAGGCGACGCCCCCCGGUCAUUACCGCCGCUGGUCACUCGGCCGCCACCACCCCCACAUUCCCUCCUCCCACCCCAGGCAACAGCCGCCUGA